AGUCAGCCAAACAAAGAAGUGAAAGCCCAAAUAGGGUGCCAGGCAGAGUUUUUCUCAGAGUGACACUGGCCCCCAAACAGCAGAGCAGUUCAGAGAAACCACUGAGGUCUGAAUUACAGACAAGAGAUCCUGAAGACCUGCACUGAGAGGUAUGGCGCGCUUUCGUUCGACCACGGAAGACCUGGCGUCCCUUUUAGGCUUCACGAACGACUACGAAUUCAAUCUGACCUAUAUGGAUUCGGUGACCGACGCCAACGUGACCGACGUCGAGGAGCUGUGCGUGGCCAGCAAAGAGCAGGAGCUGACCAUCACCGCCGUCCAGACCGCCGUCUUCCUCGUCGUCUUCUUUUUAGGCGUGAUUGGGAACGGGCUGGUCAUCGCCACCUUCGCGCUGUAUCGCCGCCUGCGUCUGCGCUGCAUGACCGACGUCUUCCUGUUCUACCUGGCUCUGUCCGACAUGCUGCUUCUGCUGACUCUUCCGUUGCAGGUGACGGAGACCCUGCUCGGCGGCUGGAAGUUCGGAGAGGGCCUGUGCCGGCUAAACCGCGGCAUGUACGCCAUCAACACCUACGGCGGCCUGCUGCUGUUGGCUUGCAUCAGCGUCGACCGCUAUCUGGUGGUGGUUUGCACCAAAGCCGUGCGGAAGAUGAGUUCCGAGACGCUGCUUUACAGCCUGCUGUCCGCGGUUGGCGUCGCCGCGUUUUCCGUCUUCCUGAGCCUGCCGGAGCUGCUCUUCAGCUCCGUGGAGCCCGACAUGGGCUCGGAAGUCCUCCUGUGCGAUAUGAAAGUUUGGGGCGAUGAAGUGGGCAAAUGGAAGCUGUGGGCCCAGAUAGCGAAGAUCGCGGGGUUCUGCAUCCCUUGCGUGGCGAUGGUGGCGUGUUACGGCGCCAUCGGACGCGUCUUGAUCCGCGCCGGGGGCAAAUGUUGGCGCAGGCAGAGGACUUUGCGUCUGAUGGCUCUCCUGGUGGUCCUUUUCCUCCUGUUCCAGCUUCCUUACACCAUGGUGCUCCUGAUUAAAAUAUUCACACCCACUCCGAAACACUGCGAAGAGUGGACCAGGUUUCACCUUCAAGAAAACAUAACGCGCAACCUGGCCUACGUGAGGUGCUGCCUGAACCCCCUGCUCUACGCUCUCGUCGGGAUCAGGUUCAGAAACGACAUUAUCAGGCUGCUGAGGGACACGGGGUGCGCGUGCAUGUGCGUGUCCCAUAUAACUCCUCAGCACGACAACGGAAGCUCCGUGACGCCUUCGUCUCCGGCUCCCACUGUACUUUCAUCCUUCCCGUCUUCUUACCUGUCCGCCAAGAAAACACCCGCUGCAGACACGGCUGAAACGUUCAUUUUUCCGACACCCUUAUCUGACAAAAUGACUUCGGUUAUAACCUGGUGUCAUCAGUAAACGCCCAUUAGAUGCUCUGGAAUAAAUAACUGUGUCAUUUUAAAGGUGAUUUGUCAUGAGAUUAAUUAGAACAGGAUUUAUUGUGACUUUUUAUCACGCAGUUCUGCUUUUUUUUUCUCUCAGAACUGCGAGAUAAAAAAGUCGCAAAACAUUUUUAUUUUUUUAUUCCGAGGCGGAAAUGGACUUCCAUAUGACAAUCAAAAUGUUAUG